AUGUAUGUAUGUAUUUUAUUUCAAGUAAAACCUUGUGAUUUUCCACAAUUCAAACAUGGACGUCUAUAUUAUGAAGAACUACGGAGACCCUACUUCCCAGUACCUAUAGGACAUAAUUACAGCUAUUACUGUGACAAUGGGUUUUCAACACCUUCAGGGUCAUACUGGGACUACCUUCGUUGCACAGCACAAGGGUGGGAGCCUGAAGUCCCAUGCCUCAAGCAAUGUGUUUUCCAUUAUGUGGAGAAUGGAGAAUCUUCUUAUUGGGAAAGAAAAUAUUUACAGGGUCAAUCUGUAAAAGUCCUGUGUUACAAUGGCUAUCAUCUUCCAAAUGGUCAAGACAUAAUGACAUGUACAGAGUCUGGCUGGUCCCCUCCUCCCAAAUGCAUUCCUAUUAGAAAAGAGAGAACAUCCUGCCCUCCUCCACCACAGAUUCCAAAUGCCCAAGAGAUUGUAACCACAGUGAAAUACUUGGAUGGAGAUAAAGUAUCUGUUGUUUGCCAAGACAAUUACCUAGUGCAGGACCCAGAAGAAAUGGUGUGCAAAGAUGGAAGGUGGCAGUCAUUGCCACGUUGCAUUGAAAAAAUUCCAUGCUCCCAGCCCCCUACAAUAGAACACGGAUCUAUUAAAUUACCUAGAUCUUCUGAAGAAAGGAGAGAUUCAACUGAGUCCAAUAGCCAUGAACACGGAACUAGAUUUAGCUAUGUCUGUGAUGAUGGUUUCAGGAUAUCUGAAGAGAAUGUGGUAACCUGCUACAUGGGAAAAUGGAGCUCUCCACCUCAUUGUGUUGGAAUUCCUUGUGGACCUCCACCUUCAAUUCCUUUUGGUACUGUUUCUCAUGAACUAGAGAGUUACCAAUAUGGAGAAGAGGUUACAUACAAUUGUUCUGAAGGUUUUGGAAUUGAUGGACCAGCAUUUAUUAAAUGUGUAGGAGGAAAGUGGUCUGAACCACCACAAUGCAUAAAAACUGAUUGUGACUUUUUACCCUCAUUUGAAAAUGCCAUACCGGCUGAAAAGAAAAAAAAAUCAUAUAAGUCAGGAGAACAAGUUACAUUCAAAUGUCUACCACGUUAUCAAAUGGAUGGCUCUGACACUGUGACAUGUGUUAAUACCAUGUGGAUUGGACAGCCAGUAUGCAAAGAUAAUUCCUGUGUGGAUCCACCACAUGUGCCAAAUGCUACUAUACUCACAAGGUCCAAGGCUAAAUAUCCAUCUGGUGACAGAGUACGUUACGAAUGUAACAAACCUUUUGAACUAUUUGGGGAAAUGGAAGUGAUCUGUCUAAAUGGGAUUUGGACUGAACCACCGAAAUGCAAAGACUCAACAGGGAAAUGUGGGCCUCCUCCACCUAUUGACAAUGGAGACAUCACCUCCUUGUCGUUACCAGCAUAUGCACCAUUAUCAUCAGUUGAAUAUCAGUGUCAGAACUAUUAUCUACUUAAAGGAAAGAAGACAAUAACAUGUAGAAAUGGAAAGUGGUCUGAGCCACCAACCUGUUUACUUGCAUGUGUAAUACCAGAAGAUAUUAUGAAAAGACAUAACAUAGUCCUCAGAUGGAGAGAAAAUGAAAAGAUUUAUUCCAAAUCAGGGGAGAAUAUUGAAUUUAUGUGUAAACCUGGAUAUAGGAAACAAAGAGGAACUCCUCCACUUCGUACGAGGUGCAUUGAUGGUCACAUCAAUUAUCCUACUUGUGUAUAAAAUCACAAUACAAUUAUUAGUAAAUCUUAUGGGUGAAUCUUUGUUUAAAAAUGCACAUGCAUAUUACUAGUACAGUUUCAAUUUUCAUUUGAAAUAUUGUUAAGCUCAUUUCUUCUAGUAAGAAUAAACUAUUUUGUUAUAUGGCACUUAAUUUGUAACCUUAAAUAAUGUUUUCACAAUGAAAGAGCAGUGCAUUCAAAACUCCUACUCCAAAAUAUAUAUUCAGGGACAAAAUAUAUCAAUGCACAAAAAUAAAUGUAAGAUCUUCAAUGUU